AUGGCAAGUAAGAAAAAAUCAAAAUCUAAGAAGCAAGCUGCAUCAACUUUAGAGUCGAAUGAGUUUCCAAUAUUAGAAUUAAUUUAUAAAGAACAUCUAUUUCAAUUACUAUGUCACCCAGAAAAACCAAUCAUAUUAAGUGGUUUGUCAAGUGGGCAUAUAUAUUGUCAUGAAUAUGAUCCUAUACAAUUAGCAGAAACGUUAUUAAAAAACAAGAAUACUCUUUCAAAGGCUGGUAAAUCCCUUUCAAACCAACAGCUUUGGACCACAAUUAACGUGGAGGAAGAUACUGAUAGAAAUGAUUUUCCUGCAGUAAAAUUAUUAUGGAAGACAAGAAGACAUAAAGGCAGUGUGCGGGCCAUGGCUAUUGAUCCUGAAGGUGAAUUUUUCUAUUCUGUUGGUACUGAUAAUAUUCUCAAAAAAUCAGUAGUAGAAACUGGUAAGGUAAUUAAAAAGGUUUCAUUCCCUACUCAAAAGUCAAAAUUCACCAAAAUGUUGAAAUCAGAUACACAUCCAGUUUUAAUUAUAGGGGAUGAGGAUGGUACGGUUCAUGUCUUAGAUAGUGAUAAUUUACAAUUCAAAAAUAAGUUAACCAAAGUUCAUAAUGGUGAUGAUGCAAUCAAUGAUAUAUUCCCCUUCUAUAAAAGAUCUGUUCACAAGUACAUAUCGUUGGGUCAAACUACAUUGGGUUAUUGGGAUUGCAGGGAAUCAAAUGAAUCAGAUUUUAGUAUUCCAGAGGAUGACACUGAAACUAAAAGAAAAGUAUUACUAAGUGAUGACCAGGAAGAUGAAAUAUUGUGUGGUACCUUUGUUGAUCCAGAAGUUGCAGAUACAGUGGUAUGUGGUAUGGGAGAAGGUAUAUUAACUGUUUGGAAACCAAACAAGAAUGACUUAGAAGAUCAACUGACAAGAGUCAAAAUUGCUAAAAAUGAAAGCAUUGAUUGCAUUGUUCCAACUUUACAAGAUGAUGAUUGUAUAUGGUGUGGUUGCUCAAACGGUAAGCUUUACAAGGUUGAUGUUAAAAAGGGCAAAAUAGUUGAGGUCAAAAUUCAUUCUGAAUUGGACGAGGUUGAAUUUAUAGAUUUAGAUUAUGGUUAUAGACUAGUAUCCGGUGGUAUGGAAUCAAUAAAGGUGUGGAAUUUUUCAUCGAAUGGUGAAAAUGUUUCUAACAAUGAGAAUGAUGAUGAUUUGUCGUCAGCUGAAGAUUCUGAAGCAAUUAGUGAUUUUGAAGAUUCGGACGAUAGCAUCGAUCCAUCAUCAAGCAAGAAUAGCACUUUUGAUAGUUCAGAAUUAGAUGAUGAUCAAUUAAAAACUGAAGCUGUAAAUGAGAAGGAAACGGAUGACAGUAGUGAAAGCAUUUCCGAUAGUGAUGAUUCGGAUGACGAGAAUCAAGUUGGAAUGACAAAGGAACAAUUAAUAGCAGAACUGGAUAAGGACAUAUUUGGGAACGAUUCAGAUGAUGAUGUGAGACAAAAUAAGAAGAGAAAGAAAGAAACAAACAAGAAAUUGACCAAAAAGCAGAAAAAGGCUAAAUCUGAUAGUACAAAACAACUACAGAAUCAUUCUAAUGGUAUUAGAAAAUUUGAAGGUCUGUAA